UGUGCCGUGAACGUUCACGGGCGGUGUAAGGCCAGAUUCUAAGGUCAUUGCGUUAGUUAAACAUUGGUUCUAAUGCAUGAAUGUGAAAAAGCACACGAUAGCGGGAAGAACACUUUGUGGAUACAUUCUGUAAAACAGCAAUGAGACCGGACUUUGUUUGAAUGUAACUGUACUUUGUUUUAAUACCAUGAAGACACAGGGAACACCGUGUUGUGGUUCAUACACCAAAUAUCACGUGGCUACGUUUUUCCUCACUUAUUUAUCAUAUUGUUUUUAUAAUGCCGCCCGUAAGACGUUCAGUAAUGUGAAGACGUCAGUUCGUCUUAGUUGGGCCCCUCUCGCUGAAAAUGAAACCCUACCCGAAGGAUACAACGAGAAACAGAUGCAGAGUUAUGUCCACCCAUUCUUGGAAAGCGCCGACGAAGUGGAGGUGUUCUUUGGCGUUUUGGAUACCGUAUUUCUGGUCGCAUACGCGGUCGGGCUUUUCAUCAGUGGUAUGCUCGGAGAUAGGUUAGACCUGAGAAAGGUCCUAGGGGGCGGAAUGUGCCUCUCCGCUGUCACGAUUUUCAUGUUUGGUUCUCUUAGUGAGUGGAUAAGUUUAUACAACAAAGCGUAUUACAUUAUUUUCUGGAUUCUGAACGGGCUCCUGCAAGGCACCGGCUGGCCCGCACUGAUCGCCGUCAUGGGAAACUGGUUCACGGAGUCCAGAGGACUAGUAUUCGGCUUAUGGACAUCUUGCCAAUCUGUUGGAAACAUUUUGGGGUCUGUUCUUGCUGCACUGGUGUUAAACCAAGGAUAUCAGUUUGCGUUUCUAACGACGGCCAGCAUUCUCUUCAUUGGUGGUAUUGUGAUAUUAAUUUUCCUCAUUCCGUCACCCAGCGAUGUAGGUCUUUCUGACACAGUGGAAGGCAAGAGUGAUGUGCAAGUCGCAUUGAAGAAAGAUGGAGAUAUUUCUGCAGAUGAAGAUGACACGUCACCAAUUCUUCCAAAAACUAAAAGACCUCAAGCCAUCAGCUUUACACAGGCACUCUUGUUACCUGGUGUGGCAGCUUUUGCGUUGAGCUAUGCUUGCCUAAAAAUGGUAAACUACGCCUUUUUCUUCUGGCUCCCUUACUACUUGAGCGAUAACUUUUUAUGGUCAGAGGUUGAAGCGGAUCAAAUGUCAAUGUUCUACGACAUCGGAGGUCUUAUUGGUGGAAUACUAGGUGGUGUCAUUUCUGAUUGUCUGGGUGUCCGCUCACCCGUGGUUGUCGUCAUGAUGGUCCUAUCGUACAGUUUGGUCUUCGGAUACAGUUUUUGUCCCAAUGAUUUGCUACUGAACGCAAUUAUCCUAACGAUAGUGGGGAUAUUUGUGAAUGGGGCAUCCCACGUGGUCAGUUCAGUAGUGUCAGCUGACCUGGGUCAACAAGACGUCAUCCGAGGUAGUAAAGAGGCUCUUGCAACGGUGACUGGUAUCAUCGAUGGAACAGGCACCAUGGGUGCUGCACUCGGACAGAUUGUCGUUCCUGUCUUGGAAAUGAAGUAUGGCUGGCCCCCAGUGUUCUAUUUCUUCGUUGUCAUGAUUGUGAUUGGCACUGUGUUCAUCAUGCCGACUUUUGUGAAAGAAUUAAAAACAUUGCACAGACAUUCGAAAUACAAUGAAAAAUAAUAGAGACUCUUGAAUUGACAAGCUCGUCAAAAUAGUGCUUCCCUACACUGUACAAACUGAGGUGUUCAAUUAACACUUUGGGUGUUGUCACAUAAUAGAUAACAACGAAUGAAUACAAAAUAGGACGGUGAAAUUACACAAAUUUCUUUAAAAAAAAAAUUACAUUGGUGUUUUUGGUAACAGCCUAUGAUGUUGAUUCUCUGUCAUGACAACACCAGAGGUGUCAAUUUUAACACCCAGAUUUCUGCAGUGUAAGAGGUCGGGUCUUGCAAUUUACAAAAAGGGGUGGGUAAAUUCAUGUUUUGGGAUGGAGUGGUUACCUCCUCACCCUCCACCACUGGGACCCCGGUUCGAAUCCCACUAUACGUUGAUUGGGAUUUCGGUUCAUAGAAUGAGUGGGUUUUAUCUGAAAUAAUUAUCUUGGGUUUUCCUCCAAAAUUUCAAACUGAAACUUCUUUUAUUGUCUUAAUAAUAAAACAGUAAAGAUAUUAAUUUUAAAGCGCCCAAUGUAAAAAAGGAUUUAAGCGCAUAAAGAGAACAAUAAAAACAAGUUAUACAAAGAGAGAAAGAUAAACAGCAACUAUAAAAUAAGCAAAAUAAUACGAAAUAAGCAGUUUCAAACAAAAGAGUUGGGUCUUGGCUAGUACAGUGAUUAAGUUCACUUUUCCCGGGACCCCUUAAUUGGCUUCUCAACCAGAAUAAUGAGCAGGGGGUAUUGCUAGUCUUGAAAUCAAGUCGGUAAUUGUUAAGCGCGUUGUAGUUACGGGGAUAUGGAUACACACACCAUCGAUCCCAGUAUGUAUGAGUCAGUCGCAAUUAACAAUGACCGUUGUUUGAAUGUAUGAUCACACUGUGUGACUGCUGCAUGAACGGCAGAAUGUGUUAGUAAACUGCAGCGCUAACGACUUCAUCAAGUCUAGGGUAUUGCUGAAUUUCGAAAUAAUUAUGUGAUUGGACUGACUUUGUUCACAAUACUAUUCUUUGGACGCAUCGCUAUAGGGAGCUGAGAGUUGCGUCGGUUGUGAAUAGUGGACUUCGUGGAACUGUAAACUUAUGCUUUCUCUGUUGUUGAAGAUGCGCAAAUUAUUAUAGAUAUGUACAGUAAGAACAAAAUCUAUUUAUUUAAUGUACAUGUAAUUUAGUUUUUUAUGUUACGCGUACUAUUAAAGGGAGACACUGUGCUUAAAAUGUUCGUUGUUCUAUUCUUUUUUUCUUUUUUCCCAUUUAUGGAUCUAAAAAUUCUCGACCAGAGCAUAAGAUGACGAGCUUUUUGACUGCUUUCAAAUAAAAAUGGAAAUAAUCACAGUUGGCUUUUUUAAUGUGAUCACGGGCUUUUAAAAAUGAACUAAUCUUAACUUUUAAAAAAGAAAGAUAACGGAAGAAUUAUCGGAUAAAGACUGAAAUACACAUAAUAAUUAUCACUAAUCCUUUGUUAUGUCAUAAUACCUUUUAAAAUUAUUAACGCUUUUUUUUUACAUUUUAUUUUUAAAGUACAGCAGUGCAUUAAUUAAAAUUCUGAAAAAACAAAUCAUUUUAAAAAUCGUAGGUCAUGCACUUUUUUCUCUUUUUUGUUUUUGCUAUGGCGCAGACGUAACCGAGUGAGGAUGGUGAGUUAAUAAAAAAAACAUGAUUGUUUUAGUUUUGAUUUUGAUUAGAACACAAAACAUGAACAAUAUUUAUAUUUCGUUCAAUAAUUCAAUAACAAGACGACAUCAAAAACAAUCACAACAGUUUGGUAUACAAACAAUAUGAUAACUUGAUAUUGCUUUUAAAAUUAUUUUUAAAUGCAGUGGACACUAUUGGUAGU